GGAAAAGAGUGAGUAGAUAAUUGGAGGAAUCCAAACCUUAUUUUUCCCACCUUUGCUCUCUCAUCCGCCCCUAGUUUUCUCUCUCUAUUCCCUAUAUUUCCUCUUACCUCAGUUAAAGUUUUGGUAAUUCUUAUUCCAACCAACUCCAAUGUACUCCUCUUCGUCUUCAUCCCAACAACGAUCAUCAUCAAGCACUCAAACAAACCCUAAUCUGAUGCGCUACGAUUCAGCUCCGAGUUCACUGCUUUCCCAUACAGUUGACUCAGUCAUUGGAGAUGGCCAGCAUCACCAAUUCUUUUCCGAGUUUACUCAAUCAAGAAUGAGUUUAAGUGGUGGCGAGUCAUCCAGGAAUACGCUGAGUUUAAAGCAUCAACCACCUUAUAAUGAAACGGAUUCUUCACCCAAGACGACGUCGUCAAAUUUGAUUCGACAUAGUAGUUCUCCUGCUGGUUUUCUUAGUCACCUUGCUUCUGAUAUUGGCUAUUCGGGUGCAAAAGGAUAUGAGGCGAACUACAAUGAGCAAGGAACUUCAAACAUGAUGUCAAGGUUGGGUCCUCAAUUGAGUUUCACAAGGAAAGAUCAUCAUUCUUUGUCUCAAAUAUCAGAGGUGAGUGAUUGUGUUCUUCAAGGCAUUGAGAAUAGUAAUCGUAAGAGAUCAGCUAAUUCACAAAAUUCUCGUUCCUCCUUCGGUGUCCCCGCCACAUCAGGGUUUUCGUUAAGUACAUGGGAUGAAAGUAACGAUAAUAACUUCAUCAUCUCCAAUUCAUCAAACAAACGAGGAAAAGCUAUCAACGAUGACAUGCUUAACGGUUUGAGUGCCCUUGAUCCCCAGUAUGCAAUGGCACUAGAGAUGUCAACAAUUGAAAAGUUAAUGCAAGUCCCUCAAGAUUCAGUCCCUUGUAAGAUUCGAGCUAAGCGUGGAUGUGCAACUCAUCCUAGAAGCAUUGCGGAAAGAGAAAGAAGAACAAGAAUAAGUGGCAAAUUAAAGAAGCUGCAAGAUCUUGUUCCCAAUAUGGAUAAGCAAACGAGCUAUUCGGACAUGUUAGACUUAGCUGUUCAACACAUCAAGGGUCUUCAAACUCAAAUUGAGAAAUUGAACAAUGAACUUGAUCAUUGCACGUGCGGAUGCAAGGCAAAGACGCAUAGUUCUUGACUAUUGAAUUUCUGGAACAAUUUUCAGCAGCUUGUGGCAUGGCCUUAGUCAGCGAUAUAAUUUUCUCUGUACAUAAACUAGUCAUUUUUACUCCCUCAAUUAAUUAUUAGGGAUUAAUCAUUUGUCAGCGAUAUAUUUUUGAGGACAUUGUCACAACUACAAAUAAAUUUAUUUCUCCUGUUAUGUAAUCUUUAAUUUUGAAAGCCAAUAUUUAUGCACAUUGUUGAAUAAUAA